GGAGGUCGGUUGUUCAGCGAGUACCGAGUGAACGCUGAUUGGUCGCCGGAGGUAGAGAGGGGAUACAGCUCCCGAAAGGUAUAUAAGAUCCCGCCACGGUCAGAAGCGCAUCAUUCGUGCCACAGUGUGACAUCGAGCGAGUGUUCUCUGAUUCAACAUGACUGGUCGUGGAAAGGGAGGAAAAGGAUUGGGAAAGGGAGGAGCCAAGCGGCACAGGAAAGUUCUUCGUGAUAAUAUCCAAGGUAUCACCAAGCCAGCCAUUCGUCGACUUGCUCGUCGUGGCGGUGUGAAAAGAAUAUCCGGAUUGAUCUACGAAGAAACUCGUGGAGUCCUGAAGGUAUUUCUUGAAAACGUCAUCCGUGACGCAGUUACCUACACCGAACACGCCAAGAGGAAGACUGUCACCGCAAUGGACGUCGUCUACGCCUUGAAACGUCAAGGCCGCACUCUCUACGGUUUUGGAGGCUAAAGGCUCUUCUGUCAUCGACCAACGCAAUCGGCCCUUUUCAGGGCCACCAAAUAUAUAUUAGCCAAUGAACUCACGUAAUCUAUCAUAAUGUGUCGUCCUUUUACCCUACUCCUUGCAUAAUCGUCUAAUGGUCGUAUCACGAAUGUUGCUCUAGCAUGCUAACUGCGUCAGUACAGUAACGCUAUCUGCAGGUACUAGAGCGCAAUAAGAGAUUCUCAGAUGGUUGAGUAAUGGGCUCAAUGGGACAUACAGAUCUGACGAUGAAUUCGUUGGUCAUACGUCCCAGCAGGGAAAUUUGAAUAAUUUGCUAGGAUUGCUGCAUAAAUAUCAGAGCGGCUAUCGAUCCAUUGUUUUAUUUGUCAACUGAUGACACCUGGUAGAUGUACCUGCAUAUUUGUCGGUGUCACCAUGGCGUGAAAUACGGCAUACCAUUUAGUUAGACGUAACUGAUUAUAUUAGCAUCAUCGUAUCAUACCGUAAUAACAAUUAUUCAGGUGUAACAUCACCGUAAUGUAACUUUUCAUAACAUUUUUGUAACAUUCUAUUCUAAAGUAACUCGACAGGUUGUGUGCUACGUUAUAUAUUGGUUAUUAGACGAUGUAUGUAUGUAUUUACGGUGACCAUCGUAUUUGUUUUUUGUGUACGAUAUAUUUGGUAAGAUGAUCAGGUACCAAUUGAUUUAUUUAUACCAGUGGUAACAGCCCAAAUGAAUAAA